UGAAAAUCCUAUUGUUUGCCCCUCACCUUGUACUCCCAAAACCAUGGAACACACCCAAGUUAAGAAACCACACCACAUAGCCAUGGUGCCCACUCCAGGGAUGGGCCAUCUGAUCCCACUAGUUGAGCUAGCUAAGAAACUCGUCCUCCACCACCAUUUCUUCGUUACAUUCAUCAUCCCCACUGAUGGGUCACCCAUAAAGUCUCAAAAAGCCGUCCUAGAAUCCCUUCCUAAUGCCAUAUCCUACAUCUUUCUCCCACCUGUGAGCUUUGAUGACCUCCCUAAGGAUGUUAGACCUGAGACAUUGAUCGUACUCACUCUGACACGGUCCCUCCCUGCACUAAGAGAUUCAUUCAAGGUAUUAGCUGAGUCAACUCGGCUAGUUGCUCUAGUGGCUGAUUUAUUCGGUGUGGAUGCCUUUGAUGUGGCUAAAGAGUUUGGCGCUUUGUCCUAUAUUUUUUUCCCUACAAACGCUUUGUCUUUGUCAUUGAUGUUUCAUAUACCAGAGCUUGAUGAAACAUACUCUUGUGAGUACAAAGAAUUGCCUGAACCGGUCAAAUUACCUGGGUGUGUACCUGUCCAAGGGAUUGAUAUUCUAGAUCCAAUUCAAGAUAAAAAGAAUGAUACCUACAAAAGGGUUCUACACGUUGCCAAAAGAUACCCUUUUGCUGAUGGAAUCAUGGUUAAUAGCUUCAUGGAUUUGGAGCCAAGUGCUUUGAAAGCUUUGAUGGAAGGAGCUAAAGAGGGUAAGCCACCUGUUUACCCAAUUGGACCUCUAAUUCAGUCCGGUUUAUCUCGUGGAGUUGAUGGGUCUGAGUGUUUGAAUUGGUUGGAUAAGCAGCCAGAGAGGUCAGUGUUAUAUGUUUCAUUUGGCAGUGGUGGGACUCUUACACAGGAGCAGCUAAAUGAGUUAGCCUUAGGACUUGAAUUGAGUGGGCAAAGGUUUCUUUGGGUUGUUAGGAGCCCACAUGAAAAUGCAAGUGCCAAUUACUUUAGUGUCCAAAGCUUCAAAGACCCUUUGGAUUUUCUUCCAAAAGGGUUCUUAGAAAGGACCAAAGAGGUGGGUUUAGUGGUUCCCUCUUGGGCUCCUCAAGCCCAGGUCUUGAGCCAUGGCUCGACUGGUGGGUUCUUGAGCCAUUGUGGGUGGAACUCAAUCCUAGAGAGUAUUGUGCACGGUGUGCCUAUAAUUGCAUGGCCACUCUACGCAGAGCAAAGAAUGAAUGCUGUAUUGUUAUCUGAUGAUUUGAAGGUUGCAUUGAGAGUCAAAGUGAAUGAUAAAGGCUUGGUGGGACAUAAAGAUAUUGCAAACUACGCAAGAGGCUUAAUUGAAGGAGAAGAAGGGAAAUUGCUUCGGAACAAAAUGAAAGAACUAAAGGAUUCAGCCGCAAAGGCUUUGAGCCAAGAUGGGUCGUCUACGAAAUCACUAGCAGAGGUCACUCAGCUAUGGAAGAGCCACAAAAAAUAAUUUGCUGCUUGCCAUAAAGUGAUAAGAAAGAUCAACACGAUGUGUUUUCUUGUGCUCGGUCUUGAAUUCAUUUUACUUUAGUGUGCUUUUGUUUGUUUGUACGGAACGUAUCUUUAUUUAAGGAUUAAAAUAAAUAAAUAGGGAUACAUUGAAUUCA